AUGCACACCACCGCGACACUUGCAGAUCUGGUCAACAACCAUUCAGCACCUCCAGCAGCAGCAGGAGGAGCAUCGUCAAAGUGGCAUCGUGCCAAAAUAGUCCUUCGAUUGCUCUCAUUGGCACUGGCCAUUGCUGUUGCAACCGAAUCGAUCCUCCUCCUACCGAUUCCUGUGCCUAUUACCUCGCCUCUCUUCCCCCUUACUCUCGCCGUUGCUUGCAUCUCGUGGGACGCCACCAUUCUGUACACAAUGCGCCUGCAAAAGUCUUGGAUCAGCGAGGCCCUUCGCAUGCACAUUGCCAUUGAAACCUUGCUGUGGAUCAUAGGGUUGAUGGCGACAGCAAUGCAAAUGGCGUCCGUCACCAUCAGAAGACAAAACAAUCCAGGUACAAGUACCUCGGGUAAAGACCUGGCGUUGGCGGCAACGCUCUGCCCAUUAUUUAUUCUCCAUUUUACCCUGUUUAUUCGAGCGUGCUCCGAGUCGCGGCGCCGCAAGCGAGGAAAGCAGGUCCAACAGCUCAUACGAACCUUGCUUCAGGAGAACGAGCGAGGAAUCAGUCUUUCCACGCUAUCUCCCUCGAGCCCUUAUCAACAACCACCCCCAGUCUACGAAUCUGAUCCGAGUUACAAAAUGUCCCCGAUUAGCGAGCUCUCUACACCCACGGCCGUUGCGGAACUUCCUUCGGUUAUUGAGCCGGUGGAACUCCCUGGCGACUUUGACUAUAUCGGACACAUGCGAGUAAAAGAUUGA